UGCGCUCGUAUCACCAUGCCACCCAAAACCUCCGGAAAGGCCGCCAAGAAGUCUGGCAAAGCUCAGAAAAACAUCAGCAAGUCUGACAAGAAGGGAAAGAGGAAGCGCAGGAAGGAAUCGUAUGCCAUCUACAUCUACAAGGUCUUGAAGCAGGUGCACCCUGACACCGGUGUGUCCAGCAAGGCCAUGAGCAUCAUGAACUCCUUUGUCAACGACAUCUUCGAGCGCAUCGCCGCCGAAGCCAGCCGUCUUGCUCACUACAACAAGCGCUCCACCAUCACCUCUCGGGAAAUUCAGACCGCUGUGCGUCUCCUGCUGCCCGGUGAAUUGGCCAAGCACGCCGUUUCUGAGGGAACCAAGGCUGUGACCAAGUACACCAGCUCUAAGUAAGCGACCACCUGGCUUACGAAAACCGGCCCUUUUCAGGGCCACCCAAAUAUACCAGUCAAGGUUGCAAAGCAA